ACGCGCGGGCUCGGCUGGCAGCCCCGGCGCACAGCCGCGGCCCGGGCGCGCGGCGCGGGGCGGAAAAGCCUGUUUACACAGCCUGCACACCGCCCGGGGAAUAAUGCAGUAAAGGAAGUCAGCCGGCUCGGCCUGACUGCUCCAACUUCCUGCUCUCACACACACCAGAGGGGGAAAGAAAAAAAAGAGGAGCGAGAGAAAGAAAAAAAAGGGGGGGAGAAAAUCAGGAUCUCAUUACAAGAGCAACAGACCGUCUGCAGACGCCUGUCAGCAUGGAAAGCCGUGGGCUUUCGCCCGGGUCCUCCUAGAGCCCCCCGGAGAAGGAUCUGAGAGCUCCCCCACAUCUGGGUAUGGAGAGUGCAAUCACCCUGUGGCAGUUCCUGUUGCAGUUGCUGCUGGACCAGAAGCACGAGCACCUCAUCUGCUGGACCUCCAGCGAUGGUGAGUUCAAGCUCCUCAAGGCGGAGGAGGUGGCCAAGCUGUGGGGGCUCCGGAAGAACAAGACAAACAUGAACUACGACAAGCUGAGCAGAGCACUGCGCUACUACUACGACAAGAACAUCAUCAAGAAGGUGAUCGGGCAGAAGUUUGUGUACAAGUUCGUCUCUUUCCCCGAGAUCCUGAAAAUGGAUCCUCACACGGUGGAGCUCAGCCGGGAGAGCCUUCUGCUGCAGGACAGCGACUGUAAGGUGGCCCCCGGCAAGCACGGCUUGUCCGCCCUCAAGAGCGCCAGCCGCAACGAGUACAUCCACUCGGGACUGUACUCGUCCUUCACCAUUAACUCCCUGCAGAACGCCCCGGAGGCCUUCAGGGCCAUCAAGACGGAGAAGCUGGAGGAGCCCCUGGAAGCCAGCCCCCCAGUGGAGGAGGUCCGGACUGUGAUCAGGUUUGUGACCAAUAAAAGCAGCAAGCACAUCGCCAGGCCCGCGGUGCCCCUGCCCUCCACCUCGGAGGCCACUGCGGCCUCUGCCUUCCUGGCCAAGUCCGUCUCCGCCAAGAUCUCCUCUUUAAUGCUGCCAAACGCCGCCAGCGUUUCCUCCGCAUCGCCCUCCUCCUCUCGGUCCCCAUCCCUGUCCCCCAACUCGCCCCUCCCUUCUGAACACAGAAGCCUCUUCCUGGAGGCCACCGGCCAAGACUCGGAUUCCCUGGAGCCCUUGAACCUGUCAUCGGGCUCCAAGACCAAGUCUCCAUCUCUUCCCCCCAAAGGCAAAAAACCCAAAGGCUUGGAAAUCUCCGCACCCCCGCUGGUGCUCUCGGGCACCGACCUCGGCUCCAUCGCCCUCAACAGUCCAGCGCUCCCCUCCGGGUCCCUCACUCCCGCCUUCUUCACCGCGCAGACACCAAAUGGAUUGCUUCUGACCCCAAGUCCACUGCUCUCGAGCAUACAUUUCUGGAGCAGCCUUAGUCCAGUUGCUCCACUGAGUCCUGCCAGGCUGCAAGGGCCAAACACGCUGUUCCAGUUCCCCACACUGCUCAGUGGCCACAUGCCGGUGCCAAUCCCCGGGCUGGACAGAGCUGCUUCUCCAGUACUGCUCUCCUCGAGCUCUCAGAAAUCCUGAUGACGCCUGGCUACCACGAAGGACUCAUUAACUGAUGAAUCAAAUCUGUCCCCAUGGGCUAGUUUACCUGUGUCAUGAGAAGGACAUUGUGAAACCCUCUGUUAAUUUGGUUUGCACUUUUCAUAACAUGGAUAGUCUAGAUUUAUGUUAGCAUUUUAAAAUCUGUUUUUUAUAUAUUCAAGUAUAUAUGAAAAUCUGUUUUGCAUUAAGUGAAUUUUAAUGUUUUUGUUUUAUAUCCUCUUAGCUCUUAAGUGUUGAACACUGUUGACAGUGAAGAACUUUUCUUAAUGUUUCCAAUAUAACUAAUAAGGAUGUGAAGCUUUUUUCUUUAAUUCUGCAUAUGCUAAACUGUGCUUACAUACACUAUAACCAGCUGUGCCUUCCUUUGCAUUUACUUUUAUGUAAAUGACUUAUAUAUUUUUAGUAUUAAGAGAAAAUGUUUGAAAGAAAAAUUAGUAUUGAACAGAUCUCUAGUAGAACUUCAUUAUUUUUCACAAGUAGGCAAAAUAUGAAAGCAUAGUCAUAUCACUUUUUCUUCUUUGCUUUCAAUUGUAGAAUUGCCUUAGAACCUCUUUUGAACUGAAAUUCAGUAAAUGUAAUGUCCAAGUAAUGUUUUUAUAAAAAUAAGCCAUAUUUAGACAAUAAAUCUUCACAAAUGAAAAUGUUCUAAAGUGCAUUUUCAAAAAAUGAACUUUAAAAGGCUAGUCUUUUAACUGUUUAUCCUAACUAAAAGCUACAAGUCCAUAUCAUCUAAACCCCCCGAAUACUUCCUAGGUUAGCAUAUUCUUAUUUUAAAAAAUUAGCCCUGACCUCCCUAUUUUCCAUAAAAAACUAUACUCAUCUGAUAUAUUUACUGUGUCAGUGGGAGUUAGAGUUUCUCUAAAUCCCUAGAAGUUUAAUAUUUUAAAAAUCUAGUGUUUUGCAAGAGGCCCAGACUGGUGAUAAAUUUCAACGAAGAAGAGAGUUUGUCAUACUAGUAAUUUUUGUAUGUAUAGGCUUUCACAAUUUUUGAUGGAUCAAAAAUGCACUGUAUCACAAAUACAGAACUAGAGGUAUCAGAGGGUUUGCCUGAAGCCUGGAACAGGAUGCACUGUUUUACACACUUACUAAAUUUAUGGUGAGAAUGAAGGAAACCUGAUAAAAGAAAAAUUCUUCAGGAACCUCAUAAUGGUGAAAUUGAAAGGAUUAACAGUUUGGAGCACUCUGCAGUAAAUUCUUUUGUGUAGUGUAGUUUAGAACAGUAAUAAUAGAAACAUUUUUGUUCUUUAAAAAAAUCAGUAGGUAUCACUUCAGAGGUGCCACCUGUACAUGAAAUAGGAAAGGCCCAAAUUAAGACAGGGGAGCUAGAAAGUGCCCGGUGCUUUAAAUUCAAAACUAGGUUAACUGCUGGUCAUGGUGGUGGAUGCCUGUAAUUCCAGCACUUGGGGAGGCAGAGGCAGGAGGAUCGAAGUGAGUUCGAGGCCAGCCUGGGCUACAUAGUGAGUCCAGGGGCAGCCUGAACUACAAAGCGAGACCCUGUCUCAAAAAAUCAAACAAACAAAACUAGGUUAACUAUAAUCCUUAACUAUAACAAAUCAAUUUGAAGUAUGACUAAUUGAUCCCCCCCCCCAAAAAAAACCCAUUUAAAAGGCAAGGAUUAAUGAAAAAGAUUAUGAAAACAAAUUUCUUGAGUUUUCCUAAAAAUUAUGUUUAAAUACUUAAGAUUUUCUAUUGGAAUUGAACCUCUAUAAUUGGAUAUGUGUGUCAAACACUCCAGUACACUUCUGACUAUAGUCAUGGGAGUGGUUUCAAAAUCUACAAAUAGACAACUAUGUCACUCGCUCACAGGGUAAUAAUUUUGUACUAGAACAAAGAAGCUGGUUCAAACAAAGGAACUGGUAAUUACAGAAUGGAGAUGUCAGAGCUAGAGGGGCCCUUUGAGAAAGGUCCCCUACCUGGUUCCAAGUGCCCAGAAGCAGCAGGGAGUAGCGCAGGGCCAUACAGCUCCUGUCACACAGCAAUGGCAGGGGCCAAUGAUGGUCCCUGGCUCCCUUGCUCCCUGAAGCCUAGCUGUAAGUAACUUCUGGCCCAAAAUUCUGUUAGGUAAAGAAACAAAUGAGCACAUCCAAAACGCAAGAUUCUUAUAAAGGAACUAAAGGAAGUUAAUGUGCAAGAAUUUCAAUGAAAACUAUUUUUUAUAUAGUUUAAAAAUGUCAUUGUUUGGAAAUACCCAAUGACUACAAAUCUGAUUAUUUUCUUUCCCCCAAAAUACUGUGCUUAACAUAUACUCUAGAUCCAUUUAUUAGAAAUGAAAAAGCAUCAGUUUUUUUAAUGGAUCAGAAUAUUUGCUGUAAUGUAAAAACUGGAGGUAUUGAAGAAUAACUCUUACAGCUUUGCCUUGUGUGUGUGUAUGUGCGUGUGUGUGUGUUAGGUUCCAAAAAACAUUAACUUCUCUUUUGUUUGCUUGAUCAGCAUUAUACUGAUACAGCAGCUAAGGUGUGUUAGAACUAUAUAACCUGAAUGUUGGUCUCUUUGUACACAUCUUUUCUAUUACUGCAAAUUUUCAUUCACUUUCAUAUAUGUAUCAUUUUUACUGUAAUACUAUUUUUGUUUAAUAAAUACUUUGUGAUAAAAGUGUUUCAGA